AUGAAGGAACAACAGAUGAAGAUGAUGCAAGAAGUUGCAACAGCUCAAAAGGAGGCAGGAGCUAAAAGAAAUGAAGGAACAACAGAUGAAGAUGAUGCAAGAAGUUGCAACAGCUCAAAAGGAGGCAGCAUGUGCUCAAAAGGAGAUUCUCUCUCAAAUUAUGGCACAUAUUUCACUCAGAGGAGAAAUAGUGCUGGAAAGCGUGGUUUAUCGCCAAUUCAAAAGUGUACUGCUGCUAUACGCAUGUUAGCAUAUGGUGUUGCAGCUGAUGCUUGUGACGAAUACGUAAAGAUUGGAGAAACCACUGCAGUAGAGUGUGUCAGCAAGUUUUGUGAAAGUAUUGUGGCCAUAUUUAAGAAUGACUAUUUGAGAAGGCCGAAUGAGGAAGACAUCCAACGACUACUAAAAGUAGGCGAAGAGCACGGUUUUCCGGGAAUGAUUGGAAGUACAUUGAAUGAUAUAAAUGUGCUUGAAAGGUCACCUGUCUUUGAUGACAUUGAGGCAGGUGAAGCUCCGCAUGUGAACUUCACUGUGAAUGGUCAUCAAUACAAUUUGGCAUACUAUCUUGCUGACGGAAUCUAUCCCAAAUGGUCUGUCUUUGUCCAAUCACUUCAAUAUCCCCAAGGCGAAAAAGCGAAAUUGUUUGCAAAACAACAAGAAUCUUGUAGGAAGGAUGUGGAACGUGCAUUUGGGGUUCUCCAAGCACGUUUUGUUAUAAUUCGUCAACCAGCUAGAAUGUGGGAUUUGAAUGUCUUAUCAAAAAUUAUGAGAGCGUGUAUUAUUUUACACAAUAUGAUAGUGGAGGAUGAACGAGAUACUUAUAGUCGAAACUGGGAGAACGUUGACUUUGAACCAUCAAGCAUUGCUAGCUCGAGCUCAUCAUUUGAUUACCAAACACAAACGUUACCUUAG